AUGGCGUCUCCUCCUCGCCGGGAUGCCGCAGAACAGCCGAAGAGAGAUGUGAAGAACCAUGUCCUGUUCGAGAUCGCAACGGAGGUUGCCAAUCGAGAGCUUGCGCCGGCUACAGUUGGAGGGAUCUACUCGGUUCUCAAGUCCAAAGCUGCUGUGACAACGGCAGAGUAUGGCGAGCGAUAUACGCUGAUAGGUCCCUUGAAUCGGGCUUCGGCGGUGGUUGAGGUGGAAGCUCUCACUCCGACGAACCCCCAUAUAAUCGGGGCCAUCGAGGCUAUGACCGAACGUGGGAUAGAGAUCGUAUACGGCCGAUGGCUGAUAGAAGGUGCCCCACGGGUGCUCUUGAUCGACACUGGCGCGGGAUACAAGUACCUCGACGAGUGGAAGGGCGAUCUCUGGAGUGCAGCUGGCAUUCCAUCGCCCUCGGCGGACAGCGAAACCAAUGAAGCAAUUGCGUUUGGCUAUCUCGUGGCAUGGUUCUUGGGAGAGUAUAUAUGCAGAGACACGGAGAGAGCUGUGAUAGCUCAUUUCCACGAAUGGCUAGCUGGAGUUGCGCUUCCUCUCACCAAGAAAAGACGCAUGGAUGUGACGACCAUUUUUACCACGCACGCAACUCUCCUGGGAAGAUACCUUUGCGCAGGCUCGGUUGACUUCUACAACAACCUGAAGAACUUCGAUGUAGAUGCAGAGGCGGGUAAGAGAGGUAUAUAUCAUCGCUACUGCAUCGAGCGUGCCGCUGCGCACUCCGCCGACGUUUUUACCACCGUUUCCCACAUCACUGCAUACGAGAGUGAACAUCUUCUCAAGCGCAAACCGGAUGGUGUCUUGCCCAACGGACUGAACGUUAAGAAAUUCUCGGCCGUCCACGAGUUCCAAAACUUGCAUUCUCACUCCAAGGAUAAGAUAAACGACUUUGUUCGUGGCCAUUUCUACGGACACAAUGACUUUGACCUGGAAAACACCCUAUAUUUCUUUACCUCCGGGCGAUAUGAAUACCGCAACAAGGGUGUGGAUAUGUUCAUCGAAAGUUUGGCCAGACUCAACCACCGGCUAAAGACAUCUGGAUCCAAGACCACCGUUGUGGCAUUUAUAAUCAUGCCCUCUCAGACUUCCUCUCUCACAGUCGAGGCACUUAAAGGACAGGCCGUUGUCAAGUCGUUGCGAGAUACUCUGGAAAGUGUAGAGAAGAGUAUUGGAAAACGCCUGUUUGAACGCUGUCUUAGCUGGAAGGAAGGUGACAACAUGCCAGACGAAAAGGAUCUAAUGACGAACCAGGAUCGUGUACUCAUACGACGACGUCUGUUCGCUAUGAAACGGCACAACCUUCCUCCAAUCGUCACCCAUAACAUGUUGAACGACUCGGAGGAUCCAAUUCUCAGCCAACUCCGCCGAGUGCAGCUCUUUAACUACCCAACGGACCGUGUCAAGGUGGUAUUCCACCCGGAAUUCCUUAAUUCCGCUAAUCCCGUGCUCCCCCUGGACUACGAUGACUUCGUUCGAGGAACUAACCUUGGGGUUUUCCCUUCAUACUAUGAGCCAUGGGGAUAUACACCUGCAGAAUGCACAGUUAUGGGAAUCCCGAGCAUAACAACCAACCUCGCUGGUUUCGGAUGCUACAUGGAAGAAUUGAUUGAGAACUCUGCUGAUUAUGGAAUCUACGUUGUUGACCGAAGACUCAAGGGCGUGGACGACUCGGUAAAUCAGCUCACGAGUUACAUGUAUGACUUCUGCCAGAAGAGUCGAAGGCAACGUAUCAACCAGCGCAACAGGACUGAGCGAUUGAGUGAUCUCCUUGAUUGGAAACGCAUGGGGCUAGAGUAUGUGAAAGCUCGCCAGCUUGCCUUGCGACGUGCGUAUCCAGCUUCCUUUGACGCAAGCGACGAUUUCCACGAGGCAAUUGGCCACACAGAACAAAAGAUUUCUCGCCCAUUAUCCGUUCCAGGCUCGCCUCGCGACCGAACCGGCACCAUGACUCCCGGAGACUUUGCGUCUAUCCAAGAAGGCCGCGAAGGUCUUGAUACCGAGGACUAUAUUUCGUAUAAGGUUCCGGGUGGUAGUAGCGACGAUGAAGAAGAUGAUUCGGUCCCGGUCCCCAUCCGUCCAAAGCGACAAUCUAUCUCUCUCACGCUAGACCCUAUUCCGAACACUGCUCCAAAUGGAAAUUAA